ACUACGCAUAAGAAUUCCCUAAUACACUACACAAGCUCCAGAUAUAUACUAUACUGGUGCUGCAAAAAGUUCACACUCGUAUAUCACGAUGCCUACCACUUUGUCUUCAGUUUUUCUCCCGCUUCUCAGCCGCUACGCGACUCCUACGCCCGCUUUAGGUGCCCUGGAGCCUAAAAUAAUUCUAAAGAAUUCACGGUCUCUACACCCGGUUUCCCCUAUGUAUCAUUCGAUAUCUCUGCCAGUACCGUUACGAGGUCCGCUCCCGCUAUUUAGUACCUUGGUUCCAAACUUCACGAUCGAGGGAGAGUCGACAGAGAUCAUGGAGUUCACUUGCGAAGAUUUCAAGGUGGGAAAAUGCAAAGGACAGAAGUUGGUGGAUGGGGUAAUCAUGCCACUGGUGCUGCAGCCACCGGAGGAGUCAAAGAACAGUACUAAUGAUAUGCCGUCCCUCCUCCUGGCACUUGAGAAAAAUAACGACUGGUUUAAGCAAAUGAUCAUAAAAAACGGCGCCGUUCUGCUCCGAGGAUUUAACUUGAGGAACGCCGAGGAUUUCAAUGACGUCGUGCAAACCUUCCGAUGGGAUCAUGUCCCUUACAUAGGACCGGCGCUUAGGACGAGUGUUUUCAAACAAAUUUGGACGGCCAAUGAGGGGCCCCUAUCUGAGACCAUUGCUUUCCAUCAUGAGAUGGUUCUGAUGAAGCCGUACCCCGAAUACGUGAUGUUUUUCUGUGAGGUACCACCGCCAGAAGGUGGUGAGACGCCAAUAGGGCCAAGCUGUCGAGUGGCGGAGCGGAUGAUGGAGGAAUUUCCAGAAGCAGUGAAAGAAAUGGAGGAGAAAGGACUGAAAUACACAUUCAGAGUCCCCCCUCAGACCGAAGCGUUGACUUUUAUUGGAAGAAGUUGGCCGGAGUUUUUGGGAAGUCCUGACCCUGCAGAGGCUGUGAAAAAGGCUAAGGCUAAUGCAGAUAUAGACGUGGAGUGGCUACCGGACGGAAGCGCACACUUGACUCUGGCCCCGCGGCCUUUAACGAUGGUGUUCGAGGGAAGAAAGGGAAGAAAGGUGUGGUUCAACUUGAUCCACUUAAUGUACAAAAAGGAAGUCGCCUCAGUGACGAUGAUGGAUGGAACAGAGAUACCGGAGAAAAUAGUGAGAAGGAUCGAAGAGAUAAUUGAAGAAGAGAGCAUACAGUUCAGGUGGGAGAAGGGUGAUGUUCUCUUCUUGGACAACUUGGCUGUGUACCAUGGAAGAAGGCCCUCUCUUCCUCCUAGAAAAGUCCUUGUUGCUACUUGCAAAGUAGCUUCUGUAUGAAUUCCCAAUUGCACGUUGUGGUCUUCAUUGCGAGUGCUUUCGGAUACAUGAUCAUCAUGCAAUAAGGGGUUGUUUGUAUUUUUCUUUUAUCUUUUUGGUGAUUAAUGCAGGAUGUCUCGGGUCAGCUCACGCAAACCUCGAAGUAAUAUUCCCCUACCACUACCCUUUCACAAGCAUACGCGUGGGAUGAGGUGGCACCAAGAGUUAGCAACAAAGAGAAUCGAACCUAGGCCGGGACUACUUGGCCAAUCCCUUGGGGUCAAGGGUUGUGUGUAUGGCUUUUAGCUUAAUCAGAUUUUCCAAUUUUCUUGUCACUUGUUA